AAUAUGCUUUUCCUAAAAUCUAAGCAAAAUUAUCGUUGGUUUUCUUUUGAGAAGAAACCCUACUCUAUGGGACCGCAGCAUAAGCCUGCUGCUAUCUAUGCCCACGGAUGCCAGAUUGGAGCAAUUUUCCAGAGCCCGAGUAAUGCAUCCCUCUAACUUAUUUCUAUACAGACUUAGAAAACCCAACAAAGGCAGCCUUCCUAAAUCUGUAGGAACGGUAGCCUUCGACUCAUUGAAAGAAAGAUCAAUGAAACUCAAACGCCGGCUCAAGAAGAGAGAGGCGGGUAUUUUCCCAGAGAAAGCAUUACCCAAAAGUUCCAGGUAUUUAAUGUUCCCGCUCCUUCAUCCUACGCCUUGUGUUUCUCCUCACAACAAAUUAUCAGCCACAUUUUCAGUUUGCAGCUCCAACAUUGAGGAUUGAUUGAUGGGCGGGUGCAUUGCUUAGACUCGCAAUAGUCGAAAGUCAUAUUUCUAAUGGAGAACACCGUUUGCAAUAUUUGUGGAUGCAUUGGAAUGUUUACUGGGGGAGAUGGGUUCUAUUACUGUCAAGCAUGUGGAACACAAUCUCAAGAUUUCGUGGAGCAGGUAUUAGGGGAUGAUGAGAUGAUCGCUCAAGGCAUUUACAAUACUGCUUUUCAAAGAAAGUUACAUGCUCCAGUUGAGUCCCAGGCUGAUAUUGAUAUGCAAGCACAAAUUGAUGUGUUUACACAAAUGCAGAAAGUUAAUAGGACUGGUGUUCAGAGUUAUACACAGCUGGCUGGUGCAAGUGACUCAGAUGAUGAUGCCAUGCUGCGGGAUUUUGGAUCCCAAAAUAGUUUUGCUACCGUGGAUCCUGAAGCUUUAGCUUGUCAGAUAAGAGAAAAAUAUUUGGAUGGUAUGCAAAUAAUGAUUCAAAUGCAAUGCGAGACCUUAGUAAAGGAAUUUGGAGUGAGCCCUUUGAUUUGUGGGGUUGCUGGUCCUAUUUGGUUGCAUUUUGUCGCAUCGACUCAUGUUCUAGAACGAGGAUGGGCCGAAGAAUCACUCGAAGCUGCAGAUGCCCUAUAUGAAGAUCACAAUGGGAGAAAAGAUUUUGAUUUUAAAACUCGAUACCAAAUGGACAAGAAAGUCAGGGCAGAGCCUCGAUCUAUUUUGUACAGGAAAAAGGCACAGAUUGUGUGGCAAAGGUCUUUGAAGGAUCGGAUUCCGCUGACCAUUUCUUUAGCUAUUUCAUUCUUGGCCUGUCAUAUUGCUAGGGAAGCAGUUCUGCCCACAGACAUGAUUAAAUGGGUAUUGGAGGGGAAGCUUCCUUAUUUGGCUGCUUUUGUGGACAUUGAAAAGAUUUUGAGCUCAGUGUCAAGUGAAUGGCCAUUGAGUGCAAAAUUUCUGCUGAGGCCAAGUCGAGCGCUUUCGGCACGACAAUUAGAGUUGACAUCAGGAUGCCUUGCAAAACGGAUUGGUCUGCAGCUUCCUCCUGUAAAUUUUCAUUCAAUUUCGCGUCACUUUCUCAGACAAUUAGGUUUACCAGUGGAUAAGAUUUUCCCUGCUUUAUCAAACAUGUAUGAUUGGUCAUUGCCUCCUGGUUUAUGGCUAUCGGCAGACGUUGCUGACAUCCCAACUCGCGUUUAUGUAAUGGGUAUGUUGGUUGUUGUCAUAAGGAUACUAUAUAAUAUUCAUGGUCAGGGUUACUUUGAAAACAGUGUAAUGGACAGUGCUGCAUCUGCUUCUGACUCAUCUAACAAAACCUGUAAUCAAGAAUUCUCAACGGAUCAGUACAGAACAUCAUACAGAUCAGGUGGCUCUGGCCUGAAUGAUGUCAAUAAUAAAAAAAAUUGUCUUCCUGUAGAUCUGAGUGUGAACCAACUGGGAGAUCCGCCUACUAGUUUAAUUGGGAGUACGGCACAUCUUCAGGAUCAAGAACUAGAUGCCACAAUUAUGUUAUUGAAUCUUGAAACUUGGCAUCAAGAUAAUACUGAUCGGUUUGAUUAUGGAAAGGAUUUGCCAACAUAUUUGAAAUACUGCAAAGAUGUGAUUUUUGCUGGUGCAAAGAUGUCAUAUGAUGAGGAGCUCCUUGUUAGACAUUUCUGGCAACUAUAUGAGAAACUGGAAGAAGAGGAUAUUGAUCUUAUUCAGAAUGUUGAGGGAGAUCCUCUCCUUGACUCAUAUGUUCCCAAUACAAGACAGAAGAACAUAUCACAGAGUGUGGAUGAAAACAAUGUUAGUUUAUAUGAAAAAGAUUGCAUACAUUUUUCUAAGGCGGCAGGACAGCAUUAUCCUGAAACCCAAGUUUUAGAGGGAGAUGUUGCUACAAAUUCUGAGGAGAUUCCUUUGGAGGGACUACCUAAAUUCAAAGAUACUGGAGGCGAUAGGUUGGGAAAUAUAAUUUAUGAUAUGGAACAAAAUGGGUUUAAAUAUGUUCCUCCAUUGAGAAGUUGUCCUCCUGACUCUUAUAUGAGUUACAUGAAGAAAGUUAAGAGUGGGAAAUCCCAUGUUGUUGUACAUGCAGAUUACUACAUUUUGCUUCGUGCUUGUGCAAGGGUUAUCAAAAUGAAUGCAUUUGUUCUACAUCGAUGUAUAUUGAAAAUUGAAAAAGAACUCGGUUGCAUUGAAGAACGUAUUGCAGGGAUUUUGAAGGAAAAUUUGUGAAAGCUUAAAUGGAGUGGCAAGAAGACUGAUCUCCAGAAAGUCUCAUGAUGCCUUUGUUGGUGUACUUCAGGAUCUUACACAAACUGACAUUCUUUGCACAGUUCGUUGGGGUAGAUGAAAUGGCUGGUUAUAAUUUAUGAUAUGGAACAAAAUGGGUUUAAAUAUGUUCCUCCAUUGAGAAGUUGUCCUGACUCUUAUAUGAGUUACAUGAAGAAAGUUAAGAGAGGGAAAUCUCAUAUUGUUGUACAUGCAGAUCACUACAUUUUGCUUUGUGCUUGUGCAAGGGUUAUCAAAGUGAAUGCAUUUGUUCUACAUUGAUGUAUAUUGAAAAUUGAAAAAGAACUUGGUUGCAUUGAAGAUCGUAUUGCAGGGAUUUUGAAGGAAAUUUGUGAAAGCUUAAAUGGAGCGGCAAGAAGACUGUGAUCUCCAGAAAGUCUCUUGAUGCCUUUGUUGGUGUACUUCAGGAUCUUACACAAACUGACAUUCUUUGCGCAGUUCAUUGGGGUAGAUGAAAUGGCUUGUUAUAUCUGCUAAGACUUUGUUGGCAUUGUUACUGGCUAAACAGAAUUACGCCAUUGCUUUCCAUCAUAUUCUUUGUAAUAAUUCCUGACAGGAGAAAGAUAAAUACCUUAGAUCAUUAUUGUAUCUGAUAAAAUGAAAGUUAAAGUCCUACAUUACUAAUU